AUGCCCCUAUGGCAGUGCGAUUUCGAAAGCUGCCACAGGCCAGCAGUUCGCGCACUCGGUGAUUGCGUACUCUGCGACCGCCAUUUGUGCUCGCAACACCUGCAACAAAAGUUUCAUUCCUGUCCUCGCUGGGUAGAUGCGGAUGCUUAUGAUGCUGCUGCCCGACGGGCGGAAGAACGUGAAGUAGCUCACUUGAUCAGCAAGAUCAACACAGCCGCUCUUGAAGCGCGAGCUACGCAUUUGCGAUCUGGCAUGCCAUGCUCCAUAGCGCCAUUGCGAUAUGAUAAAACAACACGAAGUGCUGUCAUGGGGGGUAUGAACUACCAUGUUGAAAUCCGAUUUCAAGACGGGGUCGUAUGGCUAGCACGCAUCCGAAGGGCCAACGCCACGUCACCUCCUCCGGCACUGCGAGACUACAUUAUCCAGAGCGAAGUGGCCACACUCUUGUUUCUCGAGAAAACUAGAGUCCCCGCGCCAAAAAUGUAUGAUUACGCUCUAGAGCAACCUGGAAACCCUGUUGGCGUUGGCUUCAUUCUCAUGGAGAAAUUACCUGGCAAAUCGCUGAGAUGGUCGCUCGCCAAUGAGCAACAAAGGCGCAAGAUUAUCAAUCAGAUAUCUGACAUUCUGAUUGACCUCCGCAAAUACCCUUUCCAGGAUCUCGGCUCUCUGGAUAACACAGGCCAAUCACGAGUAGGCGCGUUUGCCCAGGAGUCUCUGACAAAUUUCCUACAAUCAGAUAUGCGUACCAUCGGGCCGUUUCGUUCUAUGGAGGAUUAUCACAAAUCCUCACUUGGGUUGUUGAUAGACGGGAUCAUACAAGAGGAGGCCUAUACCGACCGGCCAGUCGAUGCGUACCUCAUUCACCGGUUCUUGCUUGACUUGGUCCCGCUAGUGGCACCUUCCUCGUCGAACAAGGGCGACUUCUACUUGAAACAUGCAGACGACAAAGGAGACCAUAUUCUGGUUGACGAGAGUUCUAAUAUUACUGGCAUUGUUGACUGGGAGUGGGCUCACACGGCGCCAUCGUCACAUGCUUUCAAUUCGCCGAUUGCGUUGUUGCCUGUGGCAGAUUUCUAUCAUGGUAAAAACUGCUUAGGCGAUGACGAGCUUUAUUUGGCCCGCCUGUUUAGAGAAAAGGGCCAGGAAGAGCUGGCGCAAGUUGUUCAGAAUGGCCGACUGCAACAUAGGUUUGCAUUCUGCUGCGGUUAUGACCUCGUCGAUUGGGAUGGCUUCCUUGGGUUGUUUAGCGGUCUGCGCGAGGCGGUUGGCGUGGAUAAUGGGAUGGACUGGGACGAGUGGAGAGCAGUGGCUUUGGAUCGCUACAAGGAUGAGCCGGACUUGCAAUUACUAUUAUCUAGAGAGUACUUGGCCUGUGUAUACCUCAUCAUACGGCGUGUUCAGCCUCGGUCGCUGGUGCUUGAGUCGUCGGUCAAUUUGAUUAUUGCGGUACUCGCUGGCAUCAGCAGCGCUCGCUCCAUCGCUGUUCGACAAGAAGAUGUGACCCCAGAGAAAGUCUGCAACUUUUUCGAGACCGGACGAGGCAAUAAGUUGAUAAAGCCUAAUGAGAAUUGCCGACCCCGUGCACAGAAGUGCAUUGAGGACCAGGUAAAGAAAUCGGAUGUGUCUGAACAGGUUACCAAGGACGAUAUAACUCUCUGCACCUUUUCACCUAUGGUUGGAAACAUACUUUGCGAACAGGGCACAACCGACUUCAUGACUGUUUGUGACGGUCUCGACGUCACAAGCGAGACAUGCCACUCAAACACGGCUUGGUGUGUCAUGAAUGACGCUACGUUUUACGCUGAGGACAAGAAUAGCGCACUGGCAAGGCUUCAGACCUGUGUUGCCCGCAGAAUCUUCAACCCGGACGGAGAUACUUUACGGAAUUUGGUAGCCGGUGUUCCCACGGCUUACAAUAUACUUUGCAAGAAAACGGUAACAUCUCUCUUGGCCUCUCUUCUAGUCUCGGGCAGGGUUUCUAAUAUCUACCAUCUGCAGGAUACCGCUAUCAAAUGCAAUGCCACAGAGGCGACGACGGACUUUGGAAGAACGGUUUGUGGCGAGGAGAUUUACGGGAAUGACCCGGACAAGUGGUCUGAGGAGAUAAAACUGGUGGCGAAGUGCUCGGAGGAGUUUGAUCGCAAGGCGCCUAAAUCCGCUAUUCUCAAGCAUACCCAGCUUGGCCAGUACUGCCAAGAUCAGGGCGUCGAGAGAAUGAUCGAGUGCCAGACUGGAGCUCAAACUUCAUCUGAGACCGAAUCCAAGGAGGAUUCUUCGUCGACUCCCCCAGCUGAAAAGCAGCCGGAACAAACCGGACAGCCUGGACAGCCCCAGCAGUCGCUCGAGGAGGCGGACAGCCAGCCCAAGGAAAACUGUAACCGCCCCGGAGUCGACAUUAAGGAGCACUCUUCGUCGACCCCCUCAGCUGAUAAACAGCCAGAACAAACCGGACAGCCUGGACAGCCUCAACAGUCAGUCGCUCGAGGAGGUGGACAGACAGCUCAAGGAACACUGUAG